AUGAAUCAAGUCAUCGUCGACGACGCUUCUCCCGAGCUACAUUACUUCGGGAACUGGACCCUCGGAGGUGACCCUUCGGACGAAUAUAUGGGCACCGUCCAUUAUACCAGUACUUCAGGCGACAGAACUACGUUCUCUUUUACCGAGGAACAACCCCUUAACCCGAUCGAAGGUACAUGGGUUGGAGUAUACGGAACUAUCGGUGUCUCCGGUGUCAAUCUGACCUUUGAGCUCGCCACCAACACCGGCUAUGGGGCUUCUGUCGCGACGAACCGCUUCAACGUCACCCAAGCGGACCACCCAGUAUACCGUCAGGCAUACUAUGACUCCGGUGUUCUCCCGUACGGUCAGCACAAUCUUACCAUGACCAAUGAGAACGGUUCGGUGGUAUACAUGGAUUACAUCGAGUAUAAUACGUCGUCUGCCGCAGGGUCCUCGAUCGCGGGGGCCGCGGGUGCGGCCGCUAUCGCAAGUCGAAUUGGACCGAUGGAUUCUAUCAAGGCUGGUAUCGCGGUAGCGAUUGUGCUGCCACUAUGCCUAAUUGCCGGCCUUACCUAUUUCUUCCUGCGAAAAAUCCAUGCCAUGCAGAGGCAGAACCCGGUUAUGAGCCCUCAGUCAGAUUACUGCAGCUCUUCCUGCGGUAGCCCAUCCGUCGAGAAAGAGGCAGAGAACAGAGCACCCCUGUUCAUGCGAUCGUUGUUCCGGUCGUCGAACCCGAGGGCGGCUCUAGGGGUCGCAUCGUUCGUUGAUUUGGCCGAGUCUGGUCGCUGCAUUGGCAGGGAAGAGGCUGACGAUGCAUCCAGCCCAUCGGAGGGUCAGCCACAGGAUGGCGGCCAGCGCACAGUCAUGGCAAGAUUAUUCCGAUUCCUCAAGCCUAAUGCAAAACCGGCAGUCACUCCUUUUGUGCACUCACCGCCUCUAUUCUAUCAACCUCAAGCCAUUGGUGAUGUCAAGACACCACUUCCCCUGCACCCUCUGCGGCCAGACGAAGUACACAUUUCGCCCCCUGUACGAAACUUGCUUCGGGGAUAUGUUCCCGACAUACUGCCAACCACACCCACCUCAGAGAUAAUGGUGCUGGAGCACAACACCACCGCAUCAGAAUUUGGUACCAGUCCAACUGCUAGUACACCGCGGUGGGAUACCCGAAUACUUUCAACCUAUGAACGGGUAGCAAAGCCUAAACACGGCGGUCGCAAAAUGAAGGAAUGA